UUCGAUCAAUAUUUCGCAAACUGUUCUAGCCGUGCCGUGACUGGGCUUUUUCUUGUCCUCAAGUUACCCGAUUUUCAAACUUCUCAUUGUCAGUCAGUUUCCAAUCAACGUGUUACAGAAAUACAUGGAAAAGAUGGAUACUGAAACUGGCGAAAUGAUCGUAAAACGAGUCAGCGUUCCCAUAGGUUUAGAAGAAUUGAUGGAAGGUUUAGUAAAGGAAGUACUGCUAAAAAAACCCGAUGACAUCUACCUAUUCGCAGCAAGAUAUUUCGCCAAUCUUCUAACUAUAAGGGAUAGACUACCCAUAAAUCGAACAAAAACCGUAAGGACCAUCCAAACGAUGAAAGUAAGAACAGACAAAACUCCCGCUCUAGCCAAAAACUCCAGGUUAUCAAAACCAUUGAGCACCAAGGAAGAGUUGCCCGUGAUAACACCAAUUACCUCUCAUAAACCCAAAAUGCAUCAAAGAAACGAACUGAAAUAUAACAGAAGAAGACAUACUGGCCCUCAGACUGUCAUACCAAAUGCUCAGCAAGUAGCGAUUAGAAGAAAAUACGCCAAAAGCGUCUCCGGAGAUCAGCAGAAAGUAAUAAUGGAAACCAACAAUAACAAAAACAAAGCUCAAAUUUUGAGAGAAAAGUUAACUGAGAAAAGCGCCACCGAACGAAAUAACAACCUGGCAAAAAGUAGCAUCCAAAAUACUGAAGAUACAAAGGAAGAAAACUCGAAAAUAAUUGAAAAACAGGUUGAUCCUAUCAAAAAAUUCGUUGAUGAGUCAACGAAGCUGGUAGCAUCCGAAAAUAUUGAUACUUCACAUAUAAAUCCAGAAAAUUUUAAACGUGAAAAAAAUAGCCAAAGUAGCACUAAUAAUCUGGAACAAAGUGGUUUAAAUGACGCUACUAAAGCUAUUACAGUCGAAACAAAUAGUAACACAAGCAAGAGUAAAAUUGAUGAAAUUGUUGAUCAAAAUACUGUCAACAUUGACAACAAAAAGGAAGAACAUUCCAAUGCAGAGUCAAAACCUGAAUCUAACAAUAAAUUAGAUAUGGAUGAUAAUAAAGAAGAAAACAUAACUGAUGAAGAACUUCACACCGUUAAACCAGACUUUACUAGCAAUGAAAAACAUGAGAUGUCUAACAACGAAGAUAAAGGAGAUAAAAGUAAUAAAAUUAUUCAAAAGAGCGAAAAUUCUCUGAAAGAAAUAAUCAGUAGAAGCAGUUCAGCAGUUCAGCUUGAUGAUGAAAACAAAAAACAUGAAGAAAUAGUUCCACAAAUAUCAACCAGUGAUAAAAUAGAACAAAAAAAAGAAAACGAUCUUUCGAAAAAUCAAAUCUCUACUAAACACGAUGUAACUGAUGAGAAAGAAGAGAAAAUAGAAGUUAAAAAUGAAGAGUUGAAUAAAAAUAUAACAAAGGAACAAAAAGAAAAUAAUUUAGCAAUCACUGAAGAUAACGAAUUGAUGAGUAAGAAUAAAAACGGGCAAUAUCAAGAUAAUGAUAAACAUUCAGAAUAUACGAAUGUGAUUCCAUUCAAUAAAACUGUGGAUGAUGAGGUAAUAAGUAAAGUACUGCUUUAUAAUGUACCUGACUUGAAAAAUGGCGAACCAGCAAAAAUUGUUGAAUUAAAUGUGCUAAAAUCAAUUUCGAAUAGUAAAGAAGAAGAACCAAAAAUUAAGGAAAUUACAAAUUUAUUGGACAAAAAAGAAACAACGGAUUAUAAAACAUACGAGGAAAACCCAAAGCAGGACGAAAAAGAAUUUAGUGAGGACAGUUUGGAAUUUAUUGAGGAGAAAAAAAUUGAAGGAAAGAAAAUAAAUAAUAAAGAAAACGAUGGUAAAAAUGAAAAUUUUAAGGGCACUUCGAAUGAGUUGGAAAUAGGUGAAACAACAACAGAAGAACCAAUAUUAAAAAGAAUUGUAGAAGAAAAUAAUUUAAAGGAAGAUUAUGAAAAAUCUAACUUACAAGCAGCAGAUACAUCAAUUGAUAAAACGGAAAUUAUUAAUAUUAUCAACCCUAAUGUACAAGUAGAUGUAAACGAAAUCAAAAGUAAUGAAGAAAUAACCGACGUGAAUAAAUUGGAUAAAGAACAAUCUAGUCAAAAUAUCGACAUUAUCGAAGAGAAGAACAUAAAACCUCCUAAAUUGAAUGAAAAAGAACUUAAUAAACAGGCUUCUACAGAGACUUCUCCAAGAAAUGUCGAAACCCUGAAUAAAAAUGAAGCCAAAGAAGAUGAAAAAGACCGAAAGGUAACUGUUGAUUCCAUUUUAGACCAGAAAUCCGUUGAUAAUAAAACAUAUCACGAUAUUGAUUCAAAUAAAGAAAAUAGUGAUCAAGCACCUUUCUUGAAAGAUUCUGUUGAACAAAUUACAAAAACAAAUUCUGAAGAUUCGGCAACAAACAAUGCACCAAUUGAGAAGAGUUUAGAAGAAACAAAAAUCGUUAACAGUCUAGUAUUAGAAACUACUCCUGAUUUUGAUGGUACAAAACAAGAAGUUGAAGUAAAUACAGAUAAAUCUAACGAUAUUAAAUCAACCGAAAAAAAUAAUCGAAUCACAGAUGAUGUAAAAAUAAAUAAUGAAGCAGGUGAAGUUUCAGAAAUAACUAAACAAGAUAAUGUGCAAAUAGAAUCAGCAAAGAUUAUAGCAGGAAAUAAUGCGGAAUUCGCAAAUAUCGAUGGAAAAGAAAAACAAUUAUUAACUGAUGACAAGCAAUCAAAUAAUGUUCGAAUGGCUGAUGAAAUUAUUAUGCGAACGGAGAAGAAUGUUGAUUUGACGAGCAAAGCUACUACAAAAGUGACUAAUACAGACGAAUCAAUAGAUACAGCUGAGGUUAAAAAUAAUAAAAACGAAACAAAUAUAGCGCAAGAAAGCAAUGCAAAUAAAUCGAAGAUAGAUAAAAUAUACAAGGAGAGUGACAGCAACGAUAUGAUAAGGAAUGUUAAUUUGAGUAAUAACAAAUCUGAAGGAGCAAAUGAACACCUGAAAAAUAUUAGUAAGAUAGAAGAAACAACAAGGAACGUACCUGAAAGUGACAGCAGUAAGAGUGAAGUAAAUGUUGAUGUUAAUAAAAAAAGUAGUCAAACAAAUAAUACUCAAGGUUCUACUAAGGAUUCUGUAACAAAUUUAAAACCAGUUGAAAAUAAAGAAGAGAACAAAACUGAAAUAUCAACAAUAAAAAGUGACGAUAUCAUCAAAAAGGAAAGCGAAAUCAGCGAUGAACAUAAUGUUGAAGUUAAUAAAAUUAUUGAAAAGAACAACAGUAGUGAAGAAAACAAAAUUGAAGAACGAGUUAAAGAAAGUACAAAAAGUAAAAGUGAAACUUCAACUUCGAAGCUUAACGAAAUAAUUGAAAAUCAAAAAAAUAUUGAAGAGAAUUUAAUUAAUGAAGAGAAACGAAUUAACGACGAAAAUACAAUUAAAGACGAGAAAACAAUUAAUCAACAGAAUACAAUUAAAAAAGAAAAAACAAUUAAUCAAGAAGAUGUAAUUAAAGAAGAGAAAACCAUUAAAGACGAGAAAACGAUUAAUGAAGAGAACAAAGUUACAUAUGAAAAAGUUGAUGCGUUGACCAAUGUUGAGAAAACUGGUGAAACAUUUAAAAUGAAAAGUAAUUCGAAGGAUGAUUUAACCAAUUCGACACAUACUGAAGAAAAUAAAGACACAGAAACAAAUCUAUUGCAAAAGGAAGAAAAUAAACAGAACAGAAAUGAUGAUUCAAGUAUAAAAGGUGAUGAGUUAUUUACAAAAGAUUACAAAAGUAAUGCUAGCAAUCUUACAACAACUAAUACACUAUCUUCAAAAGAAGAUAUAUUAGAUACUGCGAACCAUAAAGAAAAUAACGAACGAGAAGUAUCCAUUGAAAUUGCAAACUCAAGUGACGAUAACAAAAAUAUUAAAAAAGAAAAUUUGUUAGUAACAAAUGCCAAAGAUAUUCCAUCCGAAGAAGAGAGCCAGAUACUAAUAAAAAAUUCAGAAAAUUCCGGUGAAGAGGCUAACAAACAUUCUGAAGAAAAUGAAGCAAUUAUUAGCGACGAACAAGAUAAAGCUACCGACACAUCCAAACGACUAAAAAGAGCAGUGUCCUUCGAAGAAGAAGAUUCUUCAAAUUUAGCUGAACUCGAUAAACAAGAAGCAGAUAAUAAUCUAGUUGACAGAGUAGCUAAAAAUUACGUUUCUUAUGUUAUCGACAAAGACCGAUAUGUAACAAACGAUAGAGAAUCACUAGAAAAAGUUGAUGUAAAUGUAACUAACCAGGGCAUAAGUAGCAGUAAUGAAUAUAACGAAAAUCGCGAAACUCAACGAAACAACGAAAAUACUGAAGAAAAAACUGAAAUUGGAUCUAACCUCACAAGAAAUUCUGAAUUACACGAAGAUAAAAAAGAAUUAAUAAUAACCGCUGCUGAGCAAUUGGUAAGUUCCACACUAUUGAUGGCUGAAACGGGUCUCAUCGAACAUAAAGUCAAAAAUUUCCUAAACGAUUUUAUUAGCAGAGAACAGAACAAUACUUCUACAGUAGAUAAUGCAAAUCAACACCAUAAAUUACUAACUAAAACCAACAGUUUGGACGACAUUACGACUAAACCACCAAAUGGCGUGAAAAGAACAAUCAGUUUCGACAGCGCCAAACUUCACCAAGAACUGAGAAAAGUAGAAGAAGAAUCGAAACUGGCGAGCUUCAAAACUACUUUUAAUCCGUUCCUGCUGCGAAAAGAAAUAGAGGAGGCCUCAAAAUCGGAAAACACUGUAGUUUUAACCUCGUUAAAUUUCGCUCAAAUAUCCAAUGCGACCGUGAAGAUCCAAAGAGUUUGGAGAAAAUUUCGCAAAAUGAAGCAACUAAAAUAUAAAAGUGAAGAAAAUGGUAGAAGUUCCGAUAAAGGUGAAAAUUUAAAGUGUGACAGUGGAGUAAAUAAAGAUCUUUCGACGACUGUUCGAGCAGCUCUCUUGAUUCAGAAGAUGUGGAAGGGGUUUAGAGCAAGGAAAGAAUUGCGAUUGAUGAAAAUUGAGGCACAUUUAAAGAAAAAUACUUCUAGUAAACUAGAAGGUAAAUUAGAAAACCCCGAAUUAUUCACGAAAGAUGGAGCGGAUGAAAAUAGCUCGGAAUUAACCAACAACCAUAAGUUCACAGAAGACGGAGAGGACAAAAUUGCUUCGGAAGACAGAAGAUUAUUCAGUGCAGAUUCCACUGGUUCCACAAACACGGUAAUAUUCAACAGCAACAGCUCGAAAGAAGAACAAUUUCACAAUGACGUCGGUCUUCUUCUUGACGAACAAAUCGACUAUCCUACCGUCGAAGAAGAACAUCUACUGGACAACUAUCAGAGCAAGUUACUGGACAAAAUAUCGGGCAAAGAAGACUGCUCGAAAUUUGACAUUCAGGCUUACGAGAAGAUCGUCUCCCCCAAACGAAUCGAUUUGGAACAACUUAAAGAAGAAGUACAUGUGCCGAUAGUGCCCAAAACUGCACCGAAAUUAAACAGAUCGUUGAGCUCGAAAUUGGAGAUUUUGGAGGAAGAAACCUCGAACGCCGAAGAAGAUAAUGAAGAUAAUCAGGAUAACAAAAUCACAGAGAAAAGUGACAAAAUUGGAGAUGAAAAAUUGAAUACGAUAUGCCCCGACCCCACGCUUGUAUCACACGAUAAAAUAGCUGAUGAAGAAACGGUACCUGACAAUACAAGUAAAUCUCCGAGUAAACUUACAAACCUAGAAAACUUGCAAAUUCAAGAAACUCCAUUGGCUUCAUUACCGAUAGAAUUAAAAGAUAAACUAGAAACGGAGAACAAACCGGAAGAAUCCAGUAUCAAAACUGAUUUAGGUGAUUCACCUCCAGUUCUUUCUAAUGCGAGUAUUGAUAAUAUGAAUAUUCAGGAUUGUGCUAGUAAUCAUCCCCAUGAGGUUCAAGAAACUCUAAUAACACCAAUAGAGCAACAAAAUGAACCAGAACCCGGGUUUAAACCAGAAGACACCAGUAGCAAAACUAAUUUGGAUGAUUUACCUCCAAAUCUUUCAAAUGCGAAUAGUGAUAAUAAACAUCUUCAGGAUAGCGUCAGUAAUCCUCACAAUGCUGUUCAAGAAACUCUUGUAACAAAAUUAUCAACAGAGAAGCAAAAUAAACCAGAAACCGGCAUCAAACCAGAAGAGAACAGUACCAAAACUAAUUUGGUUGAUAUACCUCCGGUUCUUUCGGAUGUGAGUAGUGAAAAUAAAGAUCUUCAGGAUAGCACUAGAAAUCAUCCCGAUAAUGUUCAAGAAACUUUAAUAACACCAUUAUCAAUAGAACCACAAAAUAAACAAGAAGCUGGGUUUAAACCAGAAGAGGCCAGUAACAAAAUUGAUGUAGAUAAUGUAUCUCCAGUUCUUUCAAAUUCGAAUAUUGACAAUAAGAAUCUUCAAGAUAGUGCUAGUAAUCAUCCCCGUGAGGUUCAAGAAACUAUAUCAACACCAAUAGAAACACAAAAUAAACGAGAAACCGGGUUCAAACCAGAAGAGACCAGUAACCAAACUAAUUUGGAUGAUUUACCUCCAGUCCUUUCAAAUGCGAAUAGUGAUAAUAAACAUCAUCAGGAUAGUGUCAGUAAUCAUUACAAUGGAGUUGAAAAAACUCUAAUAACACCAUUAUCAACAGAUCAACAAAAUAAACCAAAAACCGAGUUUACACCAGAAGAGAACAGUAACAAAACUAAUUUGGAUGAUUUACCUCCACAUCUUUUAAAUGCGAAUACUGAUGAUAAAAAUCUUCAGGAUAGUGUCAGUAAUCAUCACAGUGGAUCUCAAGAAACUCUAAUAACACCAUUAUCAAUAGAUCAACAAAACAAACCAGAAACCGAGUUCAAACCAGAAGAAACCAAUAGUAAAACUGAUUUGGAUGAUAUACCUCCAGUACAUUCAAAUGCGAGUGGUGAUAAUAAAAAUCUUCAGGAUACUACUGGUAACCAUCAUGAUGAAGUUCAAGAAACUCCAAUAACAACAUUAUCAAUAGAGCAACCAAAUACACCAGAAACCGGGUUCAAGCAAGAAGACACCAGUAACAAAUCUAAUUUGGUGGAUUUACCUCCAGUUCUUUCUAAUACGAGUAGUUCUAGUACGAUUAGUGCUAGUAAUCAUCAUAGUACAUCAGCAUUACCUUUAGUACUUCAAAAUCAGGAAACCGAGGGCAAAUCAGAAGAAGUCAGUAGCAAAACAACUAUCGAAGAUUUAACAAGUAUAUCGAAAAUAGUUAAUAAAAACCUUCAGGACGGUACAAGUAAACAACACCAUGAAGUUCAAGAAACUCUAGUAAUACCAAUACCGAUAGAACUUCAAAAUAAAUUAAAAACCGAGACUAAAAUUGGCGGGAUUAACGAGAAAACGAGUUUGGAAGAUAUAUCUUCAGUACUUUCGAGUUCAGGUAUGGAUAUCAAGAAUCUCCAUGACACCGUCGCUUUGCCACUUAACGAACAACAAGUUGAUACCGGUAGAGUCCAACCAAUAUCGGUUCAGUUGUGUGAGACUUCAGAGCCCGAAAACUUGAUGACGCCGCGACGCUCGUCUACGGACGUCACCGACGCCGGCGACGCCGCAGGGACGCCUGCGCCGGGCAAAGCCGCCUUACGAGAGGAAGCGCCAGCGCCCGACCGGCUCGCCAGUGAUUCGACUACGCGGAACAUGGAAAGCGAAAAGCGCAGAAAAGUCGACGGCGCCAAGAUGGAAGCGCAAGCCGCUGCGAAGAUCCAGGCCGGGUUCAGGGGUUACCAGGUUCGGAAACAGCUCAAAUUGAAGAACGGUUCAUCGGAUAUGACGCCUGCAAAAAAAUCUUCUAGAUCCAAAUUAUCCGGGCAGGAUUCGUCCAAAUGCCCGUCCGAGAAUUGCGAAGACAUCGAGGAACAAUCGGCCGUAAAAAUUCAAGCGGGCAUCAGAGGUUUCCUCGUCAGGAGACGACAGAAGAAACUCAACAGCCAGCACACAUGAUAUUACUUAUCUUAUAUUAAUUAAGGACGUUCGUUAUAAUAGAUUCUAACUGUGAAUUCUAAAAUCAACUUUACAAGAAACUCAUUUAAGCUAAUGAAAUAUCACGCAAUCGGGUUAGAUAUUAGGACUUUUCCACUUUCCACAUAUUCCACAAGAGAAUUAGCCAUUGAUGGAUUGAUUAACUAGAAUCCACUAAUUUUUAUAAGUACUUUAGUGCAUUUUAGAAUAAAUAGGGCGGGAAGAAAUGAGGGCAUGUUUAGUUUGAUUGAGAUUUAAUUCAAAUUUUGAAUCAAAAUUUUUUUAAUGUGAACUCAUUUCAUCUCACCCUAUACAUAAAACAAUAUUUUUAUAGAAAAUAGAUUAGCUUGUUAAUAGGGCAAUGAUAUCACGGCAUCAAUUGUUACAUAUUUUUAUUAAAUGCGCUCUAUUACAAAGUAAUAUUAAACUAUACUUAGUGAGGGGUAAAUGUGACUUUAAAAGGUAAAAAAUUACAAAAUUAGAAAAUAUUCAUAAUUAUCAUGUUUCUAAUAAUGACGUAUUUUAGCAUGUAAAAUUUCAGAAGUUGCUUAAUUUGUAAAACUAUGUGCUCAUAUUUCUUAAUCUCAAUAAAUGCUCAAUUUUACAUGCAUAA